AUGACUACUAAUAAUCAACUAGUUCGUAAUCCUAGGAAACCAAAAAAAAAUAAAAAGGGCAAACCAAAUUCGGCUCAGAGAUCAGUUACUAGAGUUAAACUCAGUAAUGGGAAAGAAGUUACUAUUUAUAUCCCAGGAGAAAAGCACAAUCUUCAAGAAUACUCCUCUGUUUUAGUUAGUGGAAGAGGAGCUAAAGAUUUACCUGGAGUAAAAUACCGUGUUAUUCGCGGUUGA